AUUGAGGAUAUCACUAAUCCUUUGCGCUGCAGAGUGUCUUCCUCACUAAUCUGUGACUCUUCUCCGUCUCCUUCCCCUCCUUCAUCUCCAAUCCUGCUGCAAUCCUUUGAUCCUCUGCUUGACUCACAUUCCGCUACUACGUCUCCUGUUCUUCGUUACUCUCGCUCUUCCCUGUCCAUUUCCUCGUCACCUAACAGUUGGUCGAGGGCUUCAAGAUCUCGCUCGUCUUCGGCCUCUGAUAAAGAGUUUGAGGAACUUCGAGCUCAAGAGAAAGUUCUUGAAAGUAAAUUGUCCACAGAAAUCCCAUUGGAAAUCAAUGAUCUGAAUAUCAACGGAAAAAAAGUUGCGCAAAUUAAGGCACGUGAAAAUUCCCCAGAAUAUACUAACAAAAAAAAUGAGAAGAACCAGCAAGGUGAGAAAGUGCUGGGAAAAGAAGAUUGUUCUCCGAAAUCCAUCACAGAUAAGCCAGAAAAAAUAAUUGAUCUGAGUUACCUAGGUACUUCAGGGAAACCAAGUGUAACAUUGGGAAAGCAAACAGGAAGUGCAAGAGAAGCAAUAAGGGAACAGAAUACAACGAACAGCAAUAGAAAAAUUGACAUCAAAAAUGUAAACGCUUCAUUAGACGACUCAAAGCGCCUUACGAACCGGCUUUCAGAAAAUGAGAGUUUCAAAAUCAAAUCUAUCCCCAGUAAAGUAGGACCUGAACACAGCAACGAAAAAAUGGCUAAAAAUAAACCACAACUUAUGAAAACACUCCCCGACAAUCGUAAUGAACCGAAGUCAAAUAUUGUAACACCACGAGAGAACCGGAAUACACAAUUACCACCUGAAGGAAAAACGAAUGAUGUAACAUUUAAUCCAAAUUCGCUAGAAGUAACUCGUGAAAUAAACCCUCCCAUCGUUGCAGCAAAGACGAGGGCUGCUCAAGCCCAAGUCAUCAGUAAGCUGAAACCAAAGCACUCGAUUGACACUAGCAGCGAUAAGAGCCCCAGCUGUGGCGUUCAGAGGUUACAAAAUACGCAAAUAUCCGCUGAAGAUGCACCCCGAAUGGUUAAGCCGAAGGACCUGGCAAUCCCAAUUCUUGAUGAACCCGACACUUCAUUUGCAGAAUUCAACAUGAAAAACUCCUCAGUUGAUGAAGAUCAUUCUUCCUCCAUGCCUUCGACUCCAUUGAAACAACCCGCUGAGCAGGCCCCGUUGAGAAGAAAUUUGACCGAAGACAUUGCGAGGUUCUUGAAGCGAACGGCCCCUUCGGAAGUAGCAAAGCGUUUCAGCUGCCCUAUUGACAGUGAAAAGCAGGUGCCGCUUCUUGUUAAACAGGAGCAGACUACCAUAAAUUUUCCUGCCAAAAAUGCGAAGCCAGGUAGUCCUCAAGAUGUUCCAUCCGAACACGCACAUCAUACAAAAAAUGAAUCUGGAAAAGGUGUCAAGCCAACAGGAAAACCGUCAGUUUCGAUUCGUGAAAAAGAAGAAUUUCAUCCCUCAAACGAUAUUACAUCUAACUUGCCAUCACAGGAAAGAAUCAGAAUGACAAACCUCAUAAAAGAAACGGAAUUGCCUUCCAAAAAAAAUACCCAAGUCUCUGUUGGCUCUCAUUUUGAAGGCCCAGAAAUAAAUUUUGAUGAAUUAGGAGGCGAAGCGCCAACUUCAAGAAAUAUCGCGAAAUUCCGUGGUGUAGAUAGCACAAUGAUUCCCAGAUCGGCUGUCACUAGUUCGAAUCCACCGUUGAAUUCAUGUCGUCCUCCUUUGCAGUCGCAGAACGUGACAGCUCCUCGUACCUUCAUAGUUCGGCCAACUAGUGCCAUAGUUAGGCCAUCUACAGUAAAUAAUUUCCGUCAAGCGUCUCCAAAUUUGGGUGCUUCCUCUCUUCGUGGUUUUCGACCGGUUGCUGUACCUCCUAGCGGUGUAUCUGCCGGAAUUGGCCAACCUCCUCCUUACCGUCGUCCGAAUGCAACGUCAGUGCGUCCGGGCGUUCCCCGCAUGGAUUUAAUAACCCAACAUGCCGGUCACUUCAUUCGCCCCGCCCCUGUGGUAGGUUCUCUUCCUUCAACAGCUGCCCCGGUCGCUCCUACACUGCAAGGUCCUGUGCAGGGAGUCACGCAGCCUGAUCAUGUCACCCAACCGAACGGGGUCAUCAGCGGAGGUGUUCCUAAAGAGAACGUUAUAGUUGAUACUAGGGGUUCGGUUAUCAGUACUGCCAAUUCCAAUGCAACCGCAACGUUUAAUGGCCCACCGAAAAAAGUUGAUGUUGCUCCAACUGCCGAAAGAACCAUGCCGCAUCCUCCCGCAGCUGCCGUAGAACUUGACCCCAACGACGGCGUAAGCCCAGCUGAGGCUGUUAUAGAAACAAAGUUUCAUAUCUAUCCGCCGGAGUACUACGCGCGACAGUCCAACGGAAGUUGUGUUUCACCGCCGGGCUCAACGGAUCGCUCGUCCUAUGAAACUUCACGCGAUUCAUCAGCAUCUAGCCUUUGUCGUUCAUCGACAUCAUCGUCAUCUAUGUCUUUUGGGUCGUCCUACUACAUGCUGUAUGUUGUGGAUCCCAUUGAGAGACCAGCGACUCCUCACGAAUCUCUGUCUUCCCCUGAAACCUCACCAACACCUGACGACGCAGCGCAAAGUACUAGAUCCUCACCUACCCACCUUGGUCUUGCUAAGAGCGAGUCGAAUAGCUCGGUGAUCAGUUUCCGUACCAUAACACCUGAGCCUGAUUAUUUUGAUGACAAUGAUAAAGCCUUUCGCAUGCUCCGGGGCUUGUCUCGUGUUUCUUCAGACGAUUCUCUUGAUCUUGAUGGGUCAAGAUCUACGUCUCGAGACUCGGGCGGUACACUGAAACUUUCACGCAGCGGUUCCGGGAAAGACUGGAGAAAAAGUAAACUUUCGAGUUUUCGGGACCAAAGAAAAGUCUCUCGCCAUCGCUCGCAGCCAUCGUCUCCUGCGAGGCCGUCUCCAGAGUUGUCCCGGGCGUGCUCUUUAGAAUCGCUGAGCUCUUUACUGCGCCGGGUUCCACGGGCCCCGUCCACAGUGACAUCACUCUCCUCCCUUGACCUCCCAGUGCUUUCCCGUUCUCGCUCACCUCCAGUUCUGGAUACUGACCGCCCUCCUUCCACCGAUUCCCUCAUCCUUUUUCCUGAAGAUGAAGAAGAAGGCGAAGAACCAUCGGUUCUCUUCAGGCCUGUACCUCGCUACGCUGGCUCUACAUCUCCCUCAUCACUGCCGUCCUUGCUGUGUUACUUGGGGCCCUCUCACUCACGUGAGGCGCCCUUCACCUUUACGGCUAUAGCUUCUCAGGCUCGUCGAGACUUCGACGAGUUAGUUGGGUGCUGCAUGCACCAGCUCUCGCCAGAGGAGCAGCAGCACAUGGAGGAACUGCGUGCGUACGUCGUCGAGGACGACGGAGCGUGGGCGCUUGGCGAAAAUUUCGGUGAUCUUUUCACGCGGAUUUUCCACGACCCUAACAUUCCAGACACCGCUCGGCUCCAUCUGACACGCAUUCUUGCCGUGGCCGCUCUCAAGGACGAUGUGAUUCUCCUGCUACACCAGGACAGGAAAGAUCACACCAUCAUGAACUUCGCCAAUAAAGUCGAGCAUCUCUCACCUGAGCUGCAAGAAGCCAUCGCUCUUUUCUUCUGCAACAUGUUCGAACACUUGAGCCCGUCCGAGUGGCUACUCUAUAUCAGCGAGUGGACCCAGGAAAGUUCGAUGCCGAUCAGCAACAUUCGCGUCACCACCAAAGUGGCCGUCAACGCACUUUUGCAUCCUAGCGAGCGGGUACAGAACUACGGCACUGCCCUCAUGUACAACCUCGGCACGAAGGAGGUCAAGACGGUCGUGUUCGAUGACGUAGCUCCUGAACUGGCUAUGGCCAUCCUGCAGUUCUUCAACACGAAGCCUAAGGAGGAGCUUCUUUGGCGCACCAUCACUGCUCUCUGCAGAUUUUGCUACGCGUCCAACGAAGUGCCUUCCCUCAUCAAAAUGAUCGGGCCAGAGCCGUCCAUGUUCAAGGGGAUCAGCGAGAGGGUCGAUUCCGUCAUCGACGAGAUCAACGCCAAGCUGAGCAGGGUUCGCCUCUUCUAGUUGUUUUUUUUUUGCUAACUGGUGCUUUGUGUGGUCAAAUUGCUCUAGAUUUUUAUUUCAUACUUCAUUAGCAGCUUAAGGUUGUUGUCGAGCCUCCAUAACUUAUUUCCGUCGUGGGGUUUAAGUUAUUCGUUAUUCAAUUGUCAAUAUUCGUUCAAAAUUCUAAUGGAUAAAUUUAAUUAUAAUCACAGUGGCCAACGAAGAUCGAAGAUAUUCAUUAGUCUCUUUGGCUAAAGCGUACAAGGGUUUGUGCAAAGGUUAUUGUUGAUAGCUCAACGUAACGAGACAAAAGUGUGACGAGACAAAAUUUAACACGAAAUCUUCUUUGUAACUGAUGUCCGGCCAAUUCAACGAAUUAUUCACACUCGAUGAGAAGGUUACAUAGCGUGCUUUUAAAUAUUAAGCGAUGUUAACUUUACACAAUUACGAUAUGAACACAGAACGAAGCUUGGCUUCUCAAUAGUUGAGAUUUACCUGCGUCGAAUUUUCUGCGAUCGCUCACUGGUUUUGUAAUAAUUUUUGAAAUGCAAUAAUAAAUGCGUAAUAAUU